AGAGGAAAUAACAGCCUGAAGGACGGCCCCCUGAGCGUCAGACAGCAAAGAACCCAGAGGGAGCGGCGGGGCAGGGCGACGACACUGCAGGUCUGGACGGGCGCAGAAGAGGAGCAGAGAGCAGAAGCAGGUCACUAUGGCGACAGCGAGCACCUCUGGGCAGAGCGGCUUCGGCCUGGGGAGGAAGAAGAAAAGCCCUGGUCUGAUGGACCAGAUUGGCCAAUUCUUCGGUGGAAAUAAGAAGAAGAGGAGUAAGGGCUCAUUCCGGGGUCAUCUGGCCACUUCGCCCCAACAGUCGUCCUCUCGUCGUCGGACCAACGAGAACGCUGUGGUGCAUUUCUUCAGGAGCCUGGUUUCCUCUCCUCCUGCUAAAUCCAGGUGGAAGGACAUCCUGGGUUUGAGUGACUCGCUCCUUCUGGAUGACUUUGAAACUGCUCGGCUGUUUAUCAACCGGCCUCAUCGUCACGUGCCGAGAGCGCAAAGUCCCCAGUCAGGAGACGCAGGGACCAAAGCACACUGUCCAGGCUCUUCACUCUGUGAUGAUCUCAGCAGAUCCGAGGAGAGUCCAAGUCCAAACCUCCCCCAAAACGCUGGAGCACCAUCUUCUGAGGACAAGAUCACAGGUGGAACACCGAAGGGAUCAGAAGAGAAAGGAGAAGCAGACUCACAACCUGAGGAGAUGUUAACAGACUAACACAAGCCUCCUUCAGUGGAAGCAUCCCUUUAAUGGUGCUGUUGGGAAUACUCUGUGAGAAUCCUUCGUGCUUUUGCUCAACAAAAAAAAGUCUCAUCUGUCUGAUGGUGCACAUGUCCAUGGUGUGAAGUUUGUUCAUGCUCGUAUUUUGUACACACGUGAUGCUUUAUGGAGCAAAAAUGUGCUUUUUUUGUUUGAACAACUCCAGCUGGGAGUCUGAACAAUAAUAGUUAACGUGUCUCAGUGUCUCUAAGACCUGCAGACUGAUACAGGUUUGUAACAUGUUGCCCUUUCAGAUGCACUGUGAUGUAAAAGACUUAAAAGCUUUCAUCUUUUUGAUUUGUGCAUUUUCAGUUUGAUGGAUUUCUUCAGAUGAUGAUGUGGGUCUCAGAUGAUGGUUUUCUGUACGUGGGUUGAGGGUUUCAGGAGGAAACAGGGAGGUGGUCAAGAGCAGAGCAGUAGGGCAGGUGAUGAAUUCAACAAUGCAGGAUUUCUUUUGCUUUGCUGAUCUGAUAAAUGUUCUCCUUUUAAAAGAAAAACUCUGUAAAUAUAGUUGUCUGCUCAUCUAAUGUCUCUAAAUGUCCUGUUUUAAUGUGCAGCCUAACUCUUUAGGUCUUUACUGUGUUGACUUGAACGUGAAGCUGAAUGGUUCCUGAAACAUCUCGUGAUGAAUUCAUGCAGCAAGGAAGUUCAGUCUUUUGAUGUGAAGCUUUAAAUUCUCUAUUCACCAAAUAAACUGCUUUAGGUGGAGCAAUCCAUG